CAUAAAGCAGCUUCCACGGCCUGCUUUCUCAGUUAGUCUGGAACUGAGGAGACAAGACUACGAUGCACAACAACAUGUCAACUGAAGACUAUGACGAAUAUUAUAACGUAGAAGACAUCUCCCAAGUCUGCAAUAACAACAAUGUAAGGGAUUUCAACCAAGUCUUCCUCCCUACCCUAUACAGCAUUGUCUUCAUUGUGGGAUUUGUUGGAAAUGGCUUGGUCCUGUGUGUCCUGGUCAAGUAUCGCAAAAAGUCAAACGUAACAGACGUCUGCCUUUUCAACCUGGCUCUUUCAGACCUACUCUUCCUCACCUCAUUGCCUUUCUGGGCCCACUAUUCCGCUAUAUCCGAAUGGAUCUUUGGGAGCUUCAUGUGCCAUGCAGUGACAGCGCUUUACAUGCUGGGAUUCUAUGGAAGUAUCUUUUUUAUGAUCCUCAUGACCUUGGACCGCUAUGCCGUCAUUGUACAUGUCCAAUCCUCACUCUUUUCUAAGCACCGUUCUGUCAGAGCUAGCAUAGUUCUGGCUUUGUUUAUGUGGGUGCUUAGCCUUGCAGCCUGUCUCCCGAACAUCAUUUUUUCACAAGUGAAGAAUGAAUCAGAUGUAUCAAUCUGCACUGAGGAAUAUCCAGAAGGGACAAAGUGGAAGUUAUUCUCUUACAUUGAACUGAACAUCUUUGGCUUGAUCUUUCCAAUAUCAGUAAUGGUGUUCUGCUACUCACGUAUCAUUCCUGUUUUAAUGGCUUUGAAGUCUCAGAAGAGACACAAAGCUGUCAGACUCAUCCUGGUUUUGGUUACAGUUUUUUUUCUCUUCUGGACACCUUACAACAUUGUCAUCUUCUUAAAGUUUCUGCGUCAUAUGGGCUACAUGACCAGCUGUGAGUGGGAGCAGGACCUACACAUGGCUACACAGUGGGUGGAAACGAUAGCGUUCAGUCACUGCUGCCUGAACCCCAUUAUCUAUGCCUUUGUGGGGCAAAAAUUCAGAACACUGGUUCUCAAGGUGCUAAAACAGUGGUUUCCUGUUUGCUUUGGUCAGUGCACAACGAUCGUCAGUGAGUUGUCUGAGAGGAGGAGCUCUAUGUCAUCACGCUCAUCAGUUAUUUCCAGCACAAAGAUUGUCUAGCCAAAAUUCCCCU